UAACUAGUGCAAGGGGGCAGCCUCCAUCUGAACUGAACCUUGGUGCCUAGCUUUAGUCCUUCCUCCUCAGGAGAGCAGGCUGAGAAUGCAGCCUGAUCAAGUAUGCAAGCUGGUAUGGGACUACUUCAACAAGUUAAGCGCCAAUGCCAAGGAUGCUAUGGAACAGCAACAGAAGUCGGAGUUCAACCAGCAACUCAACACACUUUUCCAGGAUAAAUGUGGGGAGGCUAGCACCCAGACUGAUGACUUAAAGAAAAAGGUAGUUCCUUUUGCCAUGGAAUUGCCUUGCUGUCUGGUCCGGGACUCAGAAAAGCUCAAGGAACAGAUCCGGAGAGAGCUGGAGGAGCUCAGACAGCAACUCCAGCCCAAUCAGGAACAGGUCUGCCAGAAGAUGAAUGAAAAUGUGCAGACCUUGAAGCAGUGCCUGGGGUCCCAUGCCAACGAGCUCCAGAACAGCCUCAAUGAGAAUGCCGAGCACCUCCGGCAGCAGCUCUGUGGGCAGUUGGAGUCAGCCAUGAAGGAUAACAUCAACUGUGUUCAGGCAGCCCUGGCCCCCUUUGCCUGCGACUUCAAGGACAAAGUCCAUCAACAUGUGGACAAGAUGAAGUGCCAGCUCACCCCUUACGCAGAUCAGCUCCAGGAAAAGAUCAACCAGCACAUCGCGGAGCUUCAGAAGACCCUUUGCCCCUUUGCCAAAGGCGCCCAAGAGCAGCUCAACCGCCAGCUGGAAUGCCUGGCCUUCCAGAUGAAGAAGAACGUGGAUCAGCUGAGGAACAAGAUCUCGGACAAUGCAGAGGAUCUGAAGCAAAAGCUGUGCCCCUGUGCCGAGGAGAUGCGGGGGAGACAGCCCAGAAACCCCGAGGAGAUGCACCAGUCCUUGACCAAGAUGAAUGUAAAUGUAGACCGGCAGAUUGAUGAGUUCCGUAGGAAUAUGAAGCCUUGUGGGGAGAGCUUCAACAAGGCCUUGGUGCAUAAUCUGGAAGAACUCAAGCAGAAGCUGGGGCCACCCCGCUCUUGUGGGAUGACAGACCACCUCAGCUUGUUGGAGAAGGACUUGAGGGACAAAGUCAACAACUUUUUCAACAGCCUCAAGGAGUCUCAGGAAGAGAUGAUAUGUUACCCCAAGUCUUAGGCCUUGGCUGUCUGAGCAGCCUUUCUCUGCUAACCUUAGACUAUGACCACCUCCUGGCUUUAGAUCUCAGACCAGGGCUCUGUCCACCUACCACACUGCCCCUGUCACCUAAAUGUAGCCCUGGAACUGUUGCUGUGAUAAAAAAAAGUAGCAUUCAUGGUCCUUGCUGAAUAAAAAUACAAAAAAAAGAGAAUAAUUCGAAA